CCCGGCCUGGGUGACCCACCAUGUCGCUAAGGCCCUGGCUGCGCUGGCCCGAGGCCCCCCUGCGGCUGUCCCCGCGCAGCCCCGCAGACACGGUGCUGGACACGCUGAUGGUGGAACUGGCCGGUCAGAUGCGGGAGGCCGAGCGGCAGCAGCGCACAAGGGGACAGGCGGCCCACACGGUGCGCACGGGGGCUGACUACAGCUGGCUGGCGCGCGCCCCCCGCGCCGCCCGAGUCCCUGACCACCUCAGCCCCGGCGAGCGGCUGCAGCUGGAGGACGUGUGCGCCCGCAUCCCACCCGCCUACUGCGGCCCCGCCAUCCUCAGGUUCCGGCAGCUGCUGGCGGAGCGCGAGCCCCAGGGCGCGGAGGUGGCCGAGGUGACCCGCCUGUUCCGCGCGGCGCUGCUCGAGGUGCUGCAGCGGCUGCGGAGGGACGAGGAGGUGCAGCGCCUGACCAGACAGUGGCCGCGCGGGGGCCCCGCCCUGGGCCUGCGACCCCGCGCGCGCAUCGCACCGGUCGCCCCGCACAUCCGCACAGUCUCCGAGGACGUGGAGCGCCUGGCGCCGCCGCCCCCGCGUGCCUGGAGCAUGCCCGAGUUCCGAGCGCCGCACGAGGACUGAGCACC